AUGGUUCUCUGUGCACUAUGCACCCGUCUUCGUCUUCCCGCGAAACUGAAGUUGCAGAACCCCACAAGGAAACCCUAUCUUCCAGUUAUGGAGAGAACAAUUUCACAACCUCAAGUAGAAACCCUAGCUACCGUUGGUCAUGAAACCCUAGAUUCUGGGGCUCAGGAAGCCCUUGCUACCAGAAAUGGUGAAAAUGUAGUUGCAGGGGAUCACGAAACCCUAAAUGUGGAUGAUAGUGAAAAUGGAGUUGCAGCGGAUCACGAAACUAUAAUUUCAGUCGCAGAUGGUUCCAAUCAAUGUGGAAUACCGAAGGGUGAGGAUGAAUUGGUGCGGCCUUUUUGUAGCGAUGAGAUGCUCAAGGCUCUGGAAUUUGUAGAGAGAGAUGCGACCGCCAUUGCUGGGAGCUUCACCUCGCUCUUCUCCUCCUUACGGUUAGCUUUAUCGGAGGUCACCAGUACCUCUGUGGAGCACAUGCGUUGCUUCAGUGAUAUUGCAGGGCGCCUUCAAGAAUCUGCUCUUGAUGCAGCAACCAAGGGAAACCAUUUCAUAAAUUCAUGUUUGAGAUUAAAUGAAGAAAUGAAAGGCAUGGAAAGUCUUGUGAUGCAGCUAAAACUUCUCAGGAGGAAUGUGGAUGCCCUCGAUUCCACUGUUAACAGGUAUCUCAGACUCUGAAAUAAAACAAUUCUUGAUGAUAUGGACCCUGCCUAAGCAGUUGAUGAUUCUAAGGGAAGUUUCAGUAUGUACCAUGUGUACUAAUUUUCCAUGUAAAGGUUUUAUUUAAUUAUUAUUA